AUAGAGGUAAAAAUAAAAUGAAAUACGUCAAUCAUCACCAUAAACGUAGGUUCCUUUUGUGUAUUUGUUCUCAUUUUCACAAACCUCAUUAAAAUGGUCACACGCGGUCUUGCCUUUGCGUACACCUUUUGUGGUAUAAUGAGAAUGAAAUAAUGGCCUUUACAGAUUUCCUGUAAGCCAAGCUAAGCUACCAUACUUAGGAAAUUACUUACUCUAGAUAAGCUUACACUUUUGACAUUAAUGAUGGCAUUUCUACAAAGAUCAGUUAGUUCCUGCAUUAGCUUUGCUGAAUGCUUCUUAAGCCUCACCAAAUAUUCUGUAGAAGCUAUUAAAGUUUGCAAACAGGUAGGCUGCACAGCCAUCUUAAAAAACCCUUUUGUUAGAUCAUCAUUAUAAAGUUAAUAAUAUAGCACAACUUUCAACGUAUGGGUACUAGACAACUAAUAAACUUAUGAAAUGAAAAUAUUUAUUCGCAGGGACAUGGUAAAUACAAAAGGUUUUAAAACAAAAUAAGUUUCUUGGCAUAUCUCGCCUUCAGUAGGCACGCGAAAAUUAAUAGUCAAUAGUUAGUUAGACAGGUUGGCAGACUUUCAAGCUUUUACCUGUAACGAUUGUCAAAGAUGUAUGAAUAGCAGCCGGGACUUUUUUCACGUGCCUGCCGAAACACGGAGGAACUCGUUAUGACAAAUAUGGUCAAAGUCUUUAUCAUGUCUUUAGUUCAUAUCCUAAUGAUUAUCCUUUUUCGCCAGGUGUACAAUGCCAAAUGUGAUGAAGUGCCUGAUCUACAUCGGAGUGGCGGCCUUCCUGCACCAGCUGCCUCGGUUCUUCGACAGGCGCUACGUGCCUCAGAUCACCGUCUGGAGAGGCCACUUCGAGGAAGUCUGCAGCAUUGAGAUGGCGCCAUGGGUGCACGCGAUAUCGCUGGACGCGUACUUCAUAUCGUACUACGGCUUCCGAGUCCUGUUCGUGCACCUCAUCCCUUGCACCUCUCUCGUGGUCCUCAACGUGCUCCUCUUCAGAGCCAUGAGGACCGCCCAGAUCAACAGGCAAAGACUCUUCAAAGAGAACCGAAAAUCCGAAUGCAGGAAGCUUAGGGACUCGAAUUGUACCACUCUCAUGUUAAUCGUCGUUGUCACCGUCUUCCUAAUGGUUGAAAUACCAGUUGCCGUUGUCACAAUACUCCACAUCAUCUCCAGCACAAUCGUCGAGAUCCUAGACUAUUAUAUAGCCAACAUUUUAAUCCUCAUCACCAACUUCUUCAUCCUAGUUUCCUAUCCCAUCAACUUUGCGAUUUACUGCGGCAUGUCGAGGCAGUUCAGGGAGACGUUCAAGGAGUUAUUUAUUAGGGGCGCGGUGACUAGUAGGAAAAAUGGCGGAUCUAGUAGGUAUUCCCUUGUAAACGGACCUAGGACGUGCACGAACGAAACCGUACUCUAGAUCUGUUUCUUUUUGUAAAUAUCUUAUGAUAGAGUAAGAUUUUUAAUUGUUUUCUUUUUUGUUGUAAUUUAGGACAUAUCAAUUAUAUGAAAACCACUUUACAGGAUACAAUUCAUAAUGUUAUUAAAACGGACUUUCAAAAAGAAACAUAUUUUGUUGUUUGUUAAAAUAAAAAUGCAGAAAAAAAGCACAAAUGUUUUAAUGUAAUUAGAUAAAAAUGAGGCGCGUCAAUUUUUUACAAAAUUUCAAA